AUGGCCGACAACUCUUCGAUUCUCUCAGGCGAUGAGGAGAACGCGCUCUCCAACGCGUUUAACUCUGCCGUCUCGCUCUCUCACGAUGGUGAGGGCGUUCAUCACUACCAUCACGGCGGCGAGGGCGACCUCUCCAGUGGCUCCCUCGAUUCCCUUCCCGAGGCGGGCGAGUUUGAAGAUGACGAACGUUGUCUGUUCAUUGGCGAUCUUGCGCGCGGCCUGAACGAAGAUCAGUUGCGCGAGGCGUUCGAUCCGUUUGGCGUCAUCAGCGUCGAGAUCAAACGCGACCGCGUCACCAACUACUCGCUCGGCUACGGCUUCGUUCUUCUCAAGUCCAGGGAGGAUGCGGGCGCAGCGAAGAAGGCGAUGCACAGGCAGGUGGUGGGAGGGCGCGCGAUCAGGAUCGGGUGGGCGCAGAAGAACACGAACCUGUUCAUCGGUGACCUCGAUCCGUCGAUCACGUCGGCCCAGCUGCGCGAGGUGUUCCGCCAGUUCGGGCCGAUCUACGAGGAGGAGACGUUCGUGAAGAACCGCAACUACGGCUUCGUGCGGUUCCGUCACCGCAAGCACGCCGAGAUGGCCAAGCGCGAGAUGAACAACAAGGUGCUGGGCGCGCGCGCGAUUCGCAUCGGCUGGGGCGACGCCAACUACCAGAGGCACUGCGUCCACAUCCAGUUCGAGCCGGCCGAGAGCGAGGCCCUGACCGAGAGCGAGGUCAUCGCCAAGUUCGAGGAGUUCGGCACCGUCAUGAGCGUCAACCUGCCCCGCAACCAGGGCCAGCUCCGCGGCUUCGGCUUCAUCUACUACGACGACACCGACGCCGGCGAGAACUCGGCCGCGCGGGCCAUCACCACCCUCAACAACAGCCCCAUCUGCGGCGUGCGCAUCCAGUGCAACUACGGCAAGAAGCCCUCCAACAAGAAAAAGAAGCAGCAGCAGCAGCAACAACAAAAGGCCCCUGGCCGCCCUCGUGGUGGCAUGCAAGGCAUGGGCAUGGGCAUCGGCGGUGGCAGGGGAGGCAGGCAGCAGGCCCUCUUCCCCGUGCAGGUGAUGAUGCCCGUCGGCCCGCAGGGCGCCUGGCAACCUGUACAAUACAUGAUGACCGCCCAACAGGAGCUGCAGCAGCACAUGAUCCAGCCCGCGCAGGGACCUGAUGGCAGGCAGUACUGGCCGCAGGCCGCCUACCAGCAGCGUCCCGGUCCGCGAAGGACGCAGGCCUACGCGUACCAGCCCAAGGGCCACCUCACCAACUGA